GAGAUUUGGAGUUCACUGUGACUGACAGGUGCAUUCACGUUGCAGGCAGCCCGUUAUAUUCAACCGAGUUAACGGGCUGAAAUUUGGAAGUGUUUCAUCAACUUGUUCAACUGCAAGAAAUUCACGUUUUAGUUUUCGUAGCAAUUUUUUUUUUGAUUUAUCAUAGUAGAUGCAUUGAAUGCCCUCUACUCCGCUGCGUUGAAAGUGGUUGGGCGGCGCCACACCACUUUGAAAAGUACUGAGGCAAAUGCCCGCUCGCCACACAUUCACCGGCGGCUAUUUAUCAGGACAGUCCUAUCAUCAGUUUCCAGGAUGCUGACAUGAACUGACAUCCAAUCUCUGCAAGAUGGAGUGGAAGGACUUGCCAUGUGGAAAAUGGACCGAAUCCAAUGUGAGCUCCUGGUUAACAUUCAUUGGAAUAAAAGAAAUGUACAUUCAGAAACUCUACGAAGAGGAAGUAACUGGACCUGUCCUAUUGGGACUGCAGGAAAAGUAUCUGCGUGACACAAUUAAAAUGAAAGGUGGCCAAAUCCAACAUCUGCUACUCAAACGAGAAGAACUUUUGAAGCCAUUACAGAAGAAACUAAAAGCUGUCAGCUGCGCAGACAUUGAUAGCAUGGGUGUUGGAUCCAGUUCUGAGUGCAUGCGAGAAUCUAAAGAAAAAGUUCAGAUAUCCAAUGAAAAAAAUGAAAGCGAACCAAUAUCCAAAACAAAUGAAGUUGAACCCAAUUCCAGCAGUGUAUCCUUGGCUCUUGGUGACUUUCGGAACUUUGGUGACCCUGGCACAGACUUCAGAUAUGUCAGAAACACAGUACUUCCACCAGAGACUGGAAUUGAAGACAUGAUUGUGCCAUGCCAUGAAUACAAGUCUCUGGAAACUGCCCACAAAUUGGAACCGCUAAAACUCAAGAUCAAAGUUGCAAGGGAGGUGCUCCGAUUUGCAUGUGCAUGCAUGAAUAUGCGAUCAAAUGGGACAAUUCAUUUUGGAGUAAUGGAUAAAGUAAGAGGCACUCACAAACAUGGUGAAAUCAUAGGCAUACCAAUAGAAAACCAAGAUGACUUUGUGGAUGCAUUAGAUUACAUUGAAAAGUGCUUUGAUGGCUCAGACCAGCAGUCUGAUGCCAGGAAAUGCAUAAGGAACCCAAUAUUCAUUGAGGUAAUUGACAAUGGGGCCAAUGAGGCCAGAAAGGUAAACUGGAUCAUCGAAUAUGACGUUGUCCCAAAGGCAAGCAUAGUGAAAAAUAAGCUAUAUAGUGUUGGCAUUCCAAAUUUCAGUGAAAAAGACAAGAAAGUCAAAUCUGAGGAGAAAGUCAGCUAUUACAGAGUUGGUGCUAACACACCAACCAUAUUAAGGAAGAACCUGAUCAGUUUCAUCCAGGAUCUUAUUAAAAAAGAUCAACAGAGGGAGGAGGCAGAGGCCUUUGCCAAUCAACCAGCAGAAUCUCGAGAGGAUCUUGGUAGAAAAUUGUCCAUUCUCUUGACUUGUGGAAAUAAGUACAUAGACAACUCCCUAUCAUUCGUUAUUGUGACAAAUAAGUUUAACGAAGAACAUCUGAAGACUAUCAAGUUCUUGGUGCACUUGAACAUAUUCUGUGUGUUUGACUUUGACCCAGACUCCAAAACAUCUGGACUUUGCGGGCAAUAUCGUGAACACCAAGCUGCUAACCUUCACUUUCUGCAUGACUAUGCUAGUAAACCUGGUCUAAGCAGCACUGAUUUCAAGACUAGCUUACAGCUCUCUGAAAUAACAAGCUGGAUAUUCUGCAAUGGGCGGAAUGAUUACCAUGGUGGUGAGGAACCCUGUGAUGAAAAGUCAUGGAUCAAAAAGAGGAAAAAGCUACUGAAAAGAGCAGUGUCAGUCAUCUGCAAUGAAAUUCUUCCCCCGCGGUCAUUUGUAGUUAUUUUCUUGCUCAUGUCUCAGAUUGAACAGCCACUUGUUGAUACAUUUCAUGAAUUCUAUUCAGAAAUGAAUGGCCAUGAUCAUUUGGCCAUCAUCUCAGAGUCCAAGGACAAUUACAAAAAGUGGUCAAGCCUUGCCCAAACAUCAUCUGAUUUGGAAUCACUCAAAGAAAUCAGUGUUGUGGGCAUGCCAAUGAGUCACGUAGAUGCUACAAUUCAAACCAUGCAGCUCUCCAAUAAACAACUAACUAGACGCUUACCUGUGUGCAACAAAGGACUGUGCUUCCUGAAGACUACAGAUGAAAGCACAAUGUAUUCUCUGGAAAUAGUAAGUGCUGAUCAGUGUGAUGAAACAAACUUGGAAUUAAUGGAGGAUGAACAAGUUGACAACGUUGAGAAGUAUUUCUAUCAAGGAGGGAAGAUCAGCUGGACCCACCUCUGGCUUGCAGAAAGAGCUAAGUGUGAACACGUCAUUCAGCGAGACGCUUACAAAGAAACAACAGAGAUCUUAGAGGGAAUUGUACAGGUUGAUACAACCAAAAGGUCAAUUCAGAGUAUCACCAUUUGUCAUCAAGCUGGCAGUGGUGGAAGCACAGUUGCACAUCAGAUCCUCUGGAACUGGAGAACAAAACUCAGAUGUGCAGUUGUUAAGCAAUCCCACCCAAUUCCAAAUGUAUGUCGGCAUUCAGUACUCCUCAGAGAACAUGAAGAGAGAGACCCAAUGAGAAGGCUCCCAGUUCUUUUGUUGCUGGAUGACUGUAAUGCGGAGUACAUAGAUGAGCUCAGACAAGAAUUAGGAAACGCAGUAGCAACCAUGAAAAUCAAUGCGUCUGUCUUAUGUUUUAUUCUUCUUAUCUGCAGAAGAUGCCACAAUCCAGAAAAGAUGAGCAGGAAUGCCCAGACAGUAGUAGUGACACACAAACUGUCUAAAAAGGAGAAUGUUCUGUUUGCAAAAAAACGUUCUGAAAUGAAGUCUAUGCCCAUUGAGUCCAUUCUAGCGUUUGUACUAAUGUGUGAGGGAUUCCAGAAGAGUUACAUUGAGGGCUUUGUGAAGAACUUACUGAAGGACAUUGACCAGUCAUCUCUCACCACUCGCCUUAUCAGAUUUGUGGCACUGCUAAACUGUCAUGUUGAGAACUCUUACAUAUCUGUCUCUCAUUGUGAGGCCUCCCUUGGCUUAGGCAUUCAAAGGGAUCGGUUAAGUUACUGUAGAUUUGUGGAAUCUCUAAGUGAACAAGCCAGAUUGGUUUUCAUACAACUGAGGGAAAGUACAACAAACCUCUCAUCCAUUAAAAUCCACCCUCUGGUUGCAAGUGAAAUUCUAGAACAGCUGUCUGCCAUUCAUCCUCAAAGCUCCAUAGCAAAAGAUCUUCUCUGUGACAAGGUUUUGAUGGAUCACAGGUUUGGAAGGGAUGACUUUCUGAAGUUUAUCCGAAAUCUGCUCACCAGACGCAACAGAAACAAUACAGGAGAUUCUAAAGACAAUUUGUUCUCUCCGUUGAUUAAGCACAUCUGUGAAGAGAAGCCUGAUGGUCUUCAAAAAGCAACAGAACUUUUAAAAACUGCAUACACCUGCUUGGGAGAUGAUGCAUUUAUUGCCCAGCAGCUAGCACGGCUGCUUUAUACAAACAACAGAUUUCCUGAGGCUCAGUGGUGGGCAGAGGAAGCAAAAAGGCACCUUCCACGUGAUUCCUUCAUCCUUGAUACAGAGGGGCAGGUAUACAAGAAGUGGUUUUAUGCACUGCAUGAUGGUCUGGGUACAGCCGAGAAAAUGCCUGAAGAAGUCUGUGAAGUCAUUGGUACAGCUCUGAAGGGAAUUGCAGCCUUCCGUGCAUCUGAAAUAUGUCUGAAGUCAGGGACAGCUAGUCUAAACAGUUCCUGUUACUGUGGGGAAAUAGAUGUGGGAUGCCGGCUCCUUCGGUUCAUAUCAUCAGUUAAUGCUUUUUCUGGAAAAUAUGGAAAACAUGAGCUUAUGAGGUACUUGCUGACUGACUACAUACCAGAAGCUGUCAAGAAGCCCUGGAUGAAAUUCCAUAGUCAGUUGAAAGGAUUACAGAGAAGUAUUUACAAUGCUCUUGAGUGCAUUUCUGAAGAUCUCAGUUACUUCCACACUGAUAUAAUUGAGGACGAAGAAGUAUGUGACACAAAAGAACCUGAACAAAUAAGCAAUCCAAGAAAAUGGCUUACAAGGAAAAGUGCUGUUUAUGCUUCUUUUUUCUCUGAUGUUCUCCCACAUGUUGACAGUCCAGGAUCUGACAGUGAUGACUUUGGAAUGAUCACUCCAUUGAAUAGACAAAUGAAAAUUUACCAGCUAGGGGGUGGCACUCUGACAAGUAUCCUCUCCCUACUCUCUGAUCAUAACACUGAAAGAUCCGGGGGAAAACUAGAGAAAAUAGUUGCUAUGUAUCAGAACCCCAAAAGUAACAACCUUGAGCAAACCGAACUGAUCAACUUUCUUUGUACUCAGGUUGCUCUUGCUUGUACUUUACCUGGUUCUUCCAAGUUAAUGUCCCUUAUAGAACUUCAGAAUCUGAGCAUGAGAUUGGUCAGAGAACGCUGCAAGUUUGCUACAGCCUACUUCCUUCUCUCAAUACUGUUCUGGCCGGAGGACAAUGAAAGUAGCCCUGCAAAACACGAAGAAGUCUUAAUGUCAGCCAUUAAGGAUCUUCAACAUCUAUUCUGGCAAAAAAGUAAAGCAAAGAAAAGCAGAACAAUCACUCACUUCUUUCUUGGCAAGGCUAUGGGUCACAACAGAAUUAUUCAUAAGAGUGCAAUUGAAAAGCACAUUGCAGGAAAUCUCACAGAGAGAAGGCUUAAGUGGCGAGGUGGCGAGGUGUGGAAUACCCCAAAGGUUGUCCAAAUGCUGAAACGCGUUAAAGGAUGGACAGAAAAUGAACAUCUGUUUGUCCAAGGCACUUCCAAGGGAAGCAAGAUCAGAGUAAUCCCUUUGAAUUCUGCCUCUCUACCAAAUGCAAAUGAAAAUGUCACUUUUUUCCUAGGCUUUUCUUUUCAAGGGGUGAUGGCUUUUGACAUUAAAGUUUAGUACUGAGGUACACCAGAAAUAUAAGCAUCAAAAUGUGAAUGUGGACUCAAACAACCUGGACAUGGAGAUGUUAAAGUUUCAAUAUGUACAUGUUUAAUCAUGUUGCAGGGCGUACAAUGAUGAUGUGGCCGGGUUAAAGGUACUCCUGAGGGUUGGGUGAGAAGAUGGAAUCCGUUUUUUUUCAAGUCACACCCUAGGAGAA